GCAUGACGCCGCAGCUCAGCUGUACUCUCUGUCGCGACCGCAAGGUCAAAUGUGACAAGAACGAGCCGUGCACCAAUUGUGUCGCGGCCGGCGUGACGUGCGUGCCCAUCCAUCGCUUGCGCCUCCCGCGCGGUCGGCACGCGCACCGUUCGUCCGCUGCCGUCCACGUCCACCACACCCACACCACCAGUACCACCACUCUCGACAACCAUCUCAGUAGCCGCAUCCACCGUCUGGAGACGCUGGUCCAGGGCCUGGCCAAGCCCGACGACGCUCCUGAUGCCGCUCCCGCUCAAGCCAAGGCGCCAAGCCGAGCGCCCCAGCAGCCAAGCCAGUUCUGGGCCGACUUGGUCCAUGGCAUCCGCGAGCUCAGAGGGCUUGUCGACGUCGCAGAGGCCACCGAUCCUCCGCAGAUCGAUGCUGGCCUGACGAUCCUCGGUUUCGGCGGGCCGAGCCACCGCCCAUCAGCCCCAACCGUCCAAGCCUACCGUGACAAGCUCUGCCAAGUCUACCUGCGCCAAGUCGAUCCCAUCAUCAAGCUCUUGCAUCGCCCGUCGCUGACCAAUUGGAUGCUGCAUGGCCUCCCCUAUCUCAACUACCCGCCUGGCCACCCGUCCCUGGAAGCCCUGGGUUCGGCCGUCUGCUUCUCUGCUGCCAGCAGCAUGACUGAGAACCAGUGCUGGACCAUGUUUCAUACCUCGCGGGCCGGCGUCGUGGCUGACUGUCGGAGAACGUGCGAGGCUGCUAUCGAGAGGUCUGGUUUGCUGGCAACGCGGGACAUGACUCUUCUUCAAGCAUUCGUUCUGUAUCUUGCAAGUUCCAUCUCAAUGGUCGCUCGGCGCUGCGAGGACCGUACUCGCGCCGUAUGGACCCUUCUCGCCCUCGCUGUCCGCAUCGCGAAAUCGCUCUUCCUCUACCUGGAUCCGGACAAGUCAAACGGCCGCAGUGAGACCUUCUUCGAGCAGCAGAUGCGCAAACGACUAUGGCUCACCAUCUGCCUACUGGAUCUACAAACCUCGUUCGGGCAAGCGUCGGAGCCACUGAUUGGCCUUGAGGAAGCCGUGUCGACAUUGGCGCUGCCCAGCCACGUUAAUGACGAUGACUUUGGUCCCGAGACCACGCUGCCUGUGGCCGACAAAGAAGACCUAACUGACACAACUUUCGCUCUUGUCACAUACCACGCCCAGCUGGCCGGCCGCCUGCUCAAUUUUGGCGGACACGAUGACAAGAUACGCCAGGCGCACGCACGCCGCUUUGAAAGUGCCGCCCUCAAGCUCCUGCAUUUCUGCGACCCGGAAUCCUCACCAUAUGCCUGGUUAACCUGGCACGGAACCCACUGUCUCGUUGCAGGAGCGCGGCUUUCGGCCCUCCGCCCGCUGCAGCGACCCCGCUCGCACUCGGCAGCAACCAUCCAGUCUGCAAGACCGUCAUCUAUUUCGUCGAGCACCGAAAGCCCUGCUUCUCUCCUCCGGUUGACGCUCCAGGCCCUGACAAAAGCUCAUCUCAUCCACACCUGCCCCCGUGGCGAGCCCUUCAGGUGGUACGUCACGCUUCCUUGGCACGCGCUAGCGAUAGCACUCGCCGAGGCAUAUGUGCUUGCGGGCGACGCGGCCGGCACGUCUCUCGUGCGCGCCGCAUGGCCUCUGUUACAGGCCAGCUACGCACAUAUUGUCGCACGGCACCCGACCAAAGGGCUGCGAGGACCGUUGGAGGGGCUUGUGAACAGAGUCGAGGAACGGUUGGCCGAAGGGCGCGAUAUAGGCAGCAAUCGGCUUUCAGCUGAUGAUUUGCUGAGCGGGACAUGGAGUGCGGGUUCGGAGGGGAUUGAGGGAAUAUUCGGUACCACUGCUGCUGCUGCUGCUGCUGCGGCACCGGUGACGACGAGCGUUCAGACGACGAGCCAGCAGCACCAGCAGAUAUGGAGUCCACCGUCGCCACUGCCGGACUUGGCGCUCGGAAGCGCGUUUAGCAGCACUUCGCAGGCGCCCUUGGUACCCCCUACCAGCGGGCUCCUGACAGCAGAACCAGCGCUGCUACCGGCAGCACAGCAGGAACCAAUGGUGGACGAUGGCAAAGACGUCUCCUGGCAGGCCUUGGACGACUUCCUGGUGAGCAUGACGUCGUUGGACGAGGGCGCGGAUGCGGACAUGUUUUUCUUUGAUGGCGGGCUGAGCGGGUACUAGUUCUGGAUUUAGUACUGAUGGAGGGUCGCGCGCGGUAAGGGCGUAGAUACGGGAUAUGUAGCAGGGAAGAUGUAUGGCGUAAUGGUAGAUACCCAGACCUGGGGAUGCUUCGGGAUGAUGGGGAGGAAGGAAUAAGAGUGGUAAUGAUUAGUGGUUUUGUAGAUACAUGGCGUAAAGAUAGAUUUUGUGUGAGCCCCUAAUAAUGUAGUAUAUAUAGUACACUACUACCUACGGCUAUGGCUAUACCAACCAACAAAUUAAUUGUGCUCUACGG